CAAAGUUUUGAGACGAAUGUCCCAAGAAUUGGGCUCUAGGGUGGGAAAAAACUGGCUGAGUCUUGAAAUCAGGGCAGAUGACUUGCAGGUGGAUCAACAGCAGGCUCCUGGAGCUACUUCUGACAUUUUGGCUACACCAGGUAGCAAUCUUCCAAGCCAAUUCAAUCCCUUUAUUGGAGGGGAGAAAUGUGGAGGCAUAAGUACUGAUAGACUAGCCAGAACACAGUUGUUUUUUAAAGAAGAAAACAAGAAGUUUGGAGAGAUGGCUCCAUCAACUCCUGAAGAUCUCAAAUCUUCUUUUCCUGGCUCAAAGCUCUGCACUUUGUCAUUGAGUACAGGCAUCGGAGAUGAGAAAUCUCCUGAAAUCAGUCUGAAGAGCAAGAUUAACAAUCAUCAUUACCUUGAUGAUGGUACGAAGACGUGCAUUGCUAGUUGUCCAUCUGGCACAGCUGUAAAACAAGAGAUUGUGUACAAGCUUCAAAGAGAUAAGGAUUGGGAGUCCUCCUGGGAUCUAGCUGCGGAUUUCGAGAAAGAUGAUAUGCUGUGCAUGAUGGCUGUCUGUACCCUUUAUCGAAUGCAAACUCCCGAUGAACGUGAAGAGGGGCUUACAUUUCACCGCAAUGGGCGAGGAUUCAGCCAGACUCAUGCUCCCAUGGGCUCCGAGAUCGCCGAGUUUCUCACGGAUGAGGAUCCCGAUGGUGAUAUGAAGCGAAAUGUGGCAGAGUUACGAGCAGAGUUUCCUGAUGGAGUCGAGACCUGCAGGGAAAUCGCGUUGUAUCAUGCGAGGCAACUGUUCGAAAUUUACGAGAACGAGGAGGAUGAUCUCUGGUAAAGCCGUGGACAACAAGUAAAAGCAAGAGAGUCUUCAAACUCUGGAAAAGCCUCUCCUUCAUGUAGGAUGGUGAGGUCACUGCUUAUUUUGUGUGCAGUCUAGCUAGCAGUCUGACUAAUUAAACUGUUUCAGCACGCCUAGUUAUUUUGUAGGAAGCUAAUGAAUUGUGUACAGUUUGAAGUCUGUUUAUCUCUACGCCAUACAAUGAUUUUGUCCAUCUCAGUGGUGGAAGCGGUUGGUUGUUUGAUUCAUUUUUAUGAGCCU